CCCCGCAUCGUUUCGAGUCCGUCUGUUUUGGGAUCGAAUGACGGCCCACGUGUGGUGGUGUGAUCGGCGGUAGUAGAGACCUUGUGGAGCUUCGUUAAGACGAGAAAGGAGUUCUCGCAAUUCACGCAUGAAUAACGACCAAUAUAGAGCAGCGCAAAUUCUGACCUCCGUCCGUAGUCGAGAUCUGUUUGCGCUUGGUGGUCGCUUGGUGGUCGUGUAAUCAGGGACUUGCAGGAUCCCCACGUCUCGAGGCAUUAUCCCGAAUAAUACGCUGACAUGCGAUGGUCUGUGUCCUUACUUGUCGGUUACGUAGUGCUGCUUUGUUGCUAUGACAACUGUCAAUCAACGGGUCUAAGACCUGGGGGGAAAAAUGUCCUCACCCAAUACCGGUCUCAGUUAGUGUACGUCCAGCGUUCCUUCCAGCAGCUGGCCAGUCGACGAAACUGCCGACAGACGUGCGACUGUUGGUUCUGCCUGUGCAAGAAAACCGUGUGCUGGACGACUUACUACUACCAAACAGCCUAUCGCGCGGAGGCCGCGUACCGAACUCAGGCGUAUUAUGUGUGCGCGCCGGGCUGGCGACCACAGGGUGACCAGUGCACCCAAGCUAUCUGCACGCGAGUAAGCUGUGAUAAUGGCGGAAGUUGCGUUCAGCCGAACGUGUGCGCCUGCACUACAGCCUGGGCGGGGCCAAACUGCAGUCAAAACGUUAACGAGUGCAAUUCCAACAAUGGCGGGUGCGACCAUCUGUGUAACGACACCGUGGGCUCUUUUAACUGUUCUUGUUACCAAGGUUACCAGCUGGCUGGCAAAACGCGGUGUCAAGACAUCAAUGAAUGCCUCGACUUUAGUACCACAGGGUGCCAGCAACUUUGCAUUAAUGACCCAGGGACGUACCACUGCGCAUGUCACAGCGGUUACACAAUAAACAGCGACAACAGAACAUGUACAGAUAUUGACGAGUGCUCUGUUAACAACGGCACGACCCAUGGAUGCGAGUAUCGCUGUAAUAAUACACAAGGGAGCUACAAGUGCUCUUGUCAACAAGGCUACCUACUGACAUCAGAUCAGCGGCAUUGCGCAGAUCAUGACGAGUGUGCCACAGGGAACAACACUUGCGAACAACUAUGCCUCAAUCAUCCGGGACAUUACACAUGUGAUUGCCGCGGGGGGUACGAGCUUGACAGCAGGGACAAUAGCACGUGUCUUGAUGUUGACGAGUGUUUCCGCGGCCUUGACACGUGCGCGCACGUGUGCAACAACACGGUGGGCGGUUACAAAUGCUCCUGUCACCAUGGUUACUAUCUAGCUUCCGACAACAUGACGUGCAACGAUAUCGACGAAUGCUCGCUGCCAGGGCCGGGUGGCUGCUCCCAGAGCUGUGUGAAUGUGAUUGGCAGCUACUACUGCAUGUGUCGCCAUGGUUACUACCUGGGCACCGACCUAAAAACUUGCAUGAAAUAUCCAUGUUUCGCGAUUUCCGCUCCUUCUCACGGAUUCAUGAGCUGUUCGGGACACAGCACUGAUGACAUUUGUAGCUUUUCGUGCGAGACUGGGUACGAGCUGCUCGGCUCCAGAACUCGCGUCUGUCUUUCAAACGGGCAGUGGAGCGGGUCAGCGGUAGAGUGUGCGCAGAAAGAAUGCGCCGACCUACAGCCCCCGCUAUACGGGUUUGUGGCUCUACCAUGUGGAACAUCCUACGGAGCCCGCUGCACUGUUGGAUGUGACAGCGGUUACGGCAUCGUCAAUGAUACGUCAUCUGUCACGUGCUCACAUCAAGAAUCCUGGCAGCCGAGUGACGUCACUUGCAAAGCUGUGGACGCGUGCGAUAUGAACCCUUGUCUCCACGGAGGAGGCUGUCGCUCCUGGAAUUCCACGUACUUCAUGUGUGAUUGCUACCAGAGCGGAUAUACCGGAAACACUUGCGAGCGCGGUCACGUGAUCAGCCCGACCAUCCCCACCCUGGUGAUGGGGAACAUUGAAGAACUGACCUUCAAACUAUCCAUGCCCGAUCAACCAUUCAAAAUCACUGCUCGGUCACGUGGUGUUGCAUUCCAGCCUAGAACCAUCAUCAUCACCCCAGAGCUCUCAAAUAGAUCCCCAUACAUGGAGUUCAAAUGGAAUAUAUCUGCCUCGACUCCAGGAAGUCACGUGGUGUCAUAUGUCAUUUCCGGAUCUGGACAAGACUUGUUUGACACUAUGCGACCUAGCCUCGUGACCGUACUUGGAAACGCUACGUGCUCGACCAAUCAGAGUACGAGCGGUUGCUAUGGUGUGGUGCUUGCUCACUGCAUGUAUUCCGAAAGGGAGGUCCUGCUGACGUCAUCCUUGCCUUGGCAAGAAACGGCAACAGGAAUCGCGACGGACGGGUCUGUUGCCAUGGAAACCUGGGCUCUCAACCUGCCUUUGUCGUCCAAGGGCCUGCGACUACCAUCAGGGUCCUACAUCGCGGGCUCACAGACUAGCACAUGCGACCACAGGCGUCCCAUCUCCGCUUGCACCCCGAGUCUGCCAUCUCUGUAUCUAGACACUAUUAAAGGCACCUUUCCGUCAUGGCUUGAAGUCAUUUAUGAUGGAAGACCACGUGACUCAGGGUUAAACGAUGUCAUGAGCUUUAUUUGGACCGGUGCUGAGCUCCAAAGAGUCUCGCGGUCUGACGCGACCAUAGACACAAGCGCUACGUACUCUGUGCUUAUGAUCACUAGUGGCCACGCCCUAAGGGUGAAGAACGACAGCGUACAUAUCCGACCCAGUCCUACUCCCACUAUAGUUGCCGUGAGGUUGUGCGAGGGGCCUAAUCCCGAGGUGCUAAUCAAGCUUGGUAGAAACGCCUCAAGGGAGCUGCAGUCAUUAAAGUUUAACCGCGCGCUUGGCUCUUUGGGCUGGUCUUUUGAAAUUGAAGCGUUGCAGUGGUCCCCAACCCACUCUCUGAUCGACAGCGCCGCGGAAGCUUGGAUCUGGGACGGCGUGCGCAUGGGCAAGGCAAAGCCGCUGACCGGAGGAGUUGAGAUUUCUGGGAACAUCAUGUCGAUUGCAGGUCUGAGUGAGACGUUGUCACUACAUUUCAAAGGAGCGAUCUUAUUCAAUUCGUCUGCGAAUGAGUUCCUAUCCUCCCCUGAUAGCAUACUAACGGACUCAUGGAAAGCCUCGCUUCGAGGUCGGCUGUCAAUCACUCUCCCUGACGUCACAGUACUUGGUCAACAGUUGCCCCUCCCGAUGGAAAAUGUUCAAGGCAGAAUCUUGCACUCGGAUGAGCAAACCCAUAACGGAUCUUGUGUCCGGAACGGCAAGACCAGCCUGUCCGUGUCCGGGUCAGUCUCGUGGAAAGGCCUGUACGGUAGCCCCCUGUUGGCGUUCGUGAAUCCUACAAGAUCACAGAAUGUAUUCUUCUUCGCAGACUUAGAGUCUCUGAGUUUGGUUGAGGAUAGCUACUCGGAUUGUACGCAAUGCAAUAAUAUUACAGAAGAUGGAAGUUGUUUGAACAGAACUCUGAAUAACACUACCACCCUUAACGGCACAUUUGUACCAAGUGUAAACAGAAGUAGAAAUAUAACAUGCUUUACAAACGCGAGCCAAACAAAUCACAAUUUAAGCGACGGAAAUUACACUGUAACACGAGCAGGCAUACGGCUCAACGGCACGGCCCGUUACAGACAUCUCUACUUCCCGAACACAGACAUACAAGUACGCCUUAGCACGUCAUACGCCGCAGGCUGCGUAGACAAUGGAAACAAGGACGUCAGAAUGGAAGGCUCGUUCAGUAGCGUGGAACGCCUGGGUGAAUUCUUCAUUGCCAUGCCAGGCGGUGGGUUCGGGCUCGAGAUUUCGAACGCGUCGCACGUGGGAGAGUUCCACGGUCACGUGACCAUGCUCUCGUCAACAGCUCCCGUUUCUGUGCACCUAAGGGAUGCCUCUCUCAGCUUCAAAGCAGUGUUGAAUGUAUUUGGCAAGUUUCCGGCGGAAGUCAAUGCGACGUCUUGGAUAGGGUCAGAUGGCUGGGACCGGCUUGUUUUGGCUACUUCUGGUGUUUUUCGUGAUGGUAUGUCUGGUAGCGAACUCUCCCUUGCGAGUGCACUGGAGAAGGCCGUUGAUGAUUAUGUUGAUGUGGUGACUACAGAAAGCGAAAAAAGGGUGAACUUGACCGCCAGAGCGCUUCACAUGGCGGAAAACCGCAUGAAUGUACUGCGGGCGCAUCUGGAAAAAGCUGAAACCUCGCUCCAGUCCGCUAAUGAGAAAUUCCUGAGCACGGUCAGACAGGUUGGCAAGGCUACUAAGGAUGUGCAAAUCGCGCUGCAAGAAGUCAACAAUGUGACCAAUCCUGAGUUCGUAUCUCUCAUGACGUCACUGCGCUCCCUGUGCGCCGUGCAGGACUGCUCUUUCGCGUGCGUACCGGGUACCCUGUGUGACACGUGCGCAUUCAACAUCACGAGCCGAACACGUGGACUCUGUCCCAGCACGUGUAACAAGACCGUUUCAGUUCGAGUUGACCCCUCCGGCAAGUGGCAGAAAUGCCAAGGUCACCGACGCCGUAACGUCACCACAGACCGAGGUCCCGACUCUAAAUUGUCCGAUAUCUCGUGUAACUUCAAGCGCGCUUUCGAUGGUAUCGGUAGAAAAGCAAAGCUAAGCCUUUCUACCGGACUCUCGCCAUUUGAUCUACCGAACACCAAGUCUGAUCACAACGACUGGGUGAGAGCUGGUGAUAGCACCAGUAACACGAGGGUAGCGUGUCAGGUCCGGAGAACCUCGGACUUUGAAUACGAAACCUACACUUACGACUGCUUCAAGCCGGAGUAUAACUAUCGCUUGAGUCACAUGCCUUAUGACUGCGAGACCAUGUGCGACACCGGAAGUCAGACUGAAACUAUCGCAACGCCAUGCUGCCAGGCGUCGACGUGUGCAUUUCGCAUUAAGGACAUUGGGUGUCGAGAGCAGAACGCUUUCUGCAGGAUCUUGAGGCAAAAGGUGAUGUCUAAUCUACCAAGCGCUAAGCAGCAAUUGCUUGCGCCGUUUGCGAGGUUUUUGGAUCUCCAGGAUCAGGUAUUCCGAGCCGAGGCGGAGGUUGAGACCAACUGGGCCAUUUUGCAGUCGUCAAGCUCAUCACGUGACACGUUACAGAGAAGUUACAAGGCUGUAAGCGGGGCCUGGGAACUAGCGAAGCAAUCGCACAACGUCAUUCGUGCACAGCUCAAAGAUGCUCUCGCAUUGGCGCAAAAAAGUCGUCAAGCUCUGCAGAGACUCGUGACAAUCGAUAUUGUGUCUUUCAAGCUGAACUUGGUAAAUGCGACAUCGGUCGUCCCGAUAAAGAUACGAGCCACAUCUAAUGGCUUGUCCAAACAGUUUAACGUAGCCCUGGAUCAACACGCUCUCGCUCUUUCUUAUCAGAACGCCGCGGAAGCCAUUACGUCUGGUUUCUAUGGCAACGUCGCCAUGGCGAUAAGGCCAGGUUACCCACUAGUCACGCAAUCUAAUAGUAUUGCAGGUAACACCGGAAGUGACGAAGCUCGAUUAAUGGAAUUUCACCGGAAGUGCUCUCUGUCGACCAAUUACAAGCGGGGUCUGAUUGACGUCAUGGAUUCACUGGCGGCGACAACUAGCCAGGUUUUAGAGACCGCAAAAAAUGCAACCGGAAGUGCUACUAACGGAAGUGUAAACACAGGAGGUGACGUCAGGUUUGACCAGAGCACUGCUGAUAGUCUCGGGCUCUCAUUACCGGAAGUUGAGUCUGCUAAACAAAGCGCACUUAAGGAUGGUGUAGUUGUCAAGACGAAGAACGUGUACACCCUGCUGGGCGUGGCCACGAGUGAGAGCCUGGCGGAGCUCAUGCAAGUAGUGUAUGUUGAUUGGCUAGCUGUGAUGGAAAAGCUAUUCUACCACCCCUCCCUAGAGUGUAGCGGUUUUGCCGACUGUAUCACGCAUGCGCUUGACAGCUUGUACUAUCUUUAUGAAAGCGUGUCACUACCCGGCGCCCAUGACCUAAAGACGCUUAUCGUGGAUAUCAGGGCGAAGUUCGCGACUGUUUUGGGAUCUGUGGAUAAUUUGGGAGCACGUGACGCUCAAGGAUUAUCACGUGAUAUUCUGAUGUUGCUCAGACUUGCUCAAGACGUGCAGACAUACUGCGCAAGCGCACCCGCAAUAACAACGCACCCGCAACCGCUGACUGAAACCGCAGCGGGAAAACCCUUGAGGCUCAGCUGCGCUGCCGUGGCAACCCCAAUGCCAGCAUACUAUUGGGUCAAAGACGGAGCUCGACUUCCGGGACAAAACGGAAGUGAGCUCAUCAUCAUUGAACUCAAACCGGAAGACAACGGAACGUACAUAUGUGUGGCCUACAACCACGUGACUAGUUCCAAGUCUGCAUCCGGUCACGUGAUAGUGCACAGUGUCCCUGUACUCACCAAGCAGUCUUCUGAUCACGUGACAGUGCCAGUGGGUGGGGACGUGUCGCUGUCUGUGUGGGCCACGGGCACUGAUCUGCCCUUGACCUACCAAUGGUACAGACGAGACCCGAUCACACCCCAGUACACCCCCCUAAGUAACGAGAUCUACCCAAUGCUAACCAUACACAGUGCGCGGGCUCAACAUCAAGGCGGUUACCGAUGUCAGGUUUCCAAUCGCUAUGGCGACGUGUGGUCUGGUGAUACCCACGUGACCGUGCUAGGCGUGGCCUUACCAAGACCGAGUGUAGAGGUGAAGUCCAAGGUGCGGCAAGAUGUCGUGUUGCCGUCCGGCUACAGCAGGGUCCGGCGCGAGCUUCAUCACCGAUCCGUGCGCGAUCUGCAAGACAACUUACAAACACAUCUCCAAAACUUGCUAGCGACUCUAAUUUGCCCCCUUGUCACGCUCCCCUCAGACUGCGUGACAGCCGUCAAUGCUUCCGACUGCCACAAAGGCAGUGGUAACGCGACAGUGUGUGACGUGACGUUUCAGCUGCGAGGUAUCAGCGUCAGCUCGUCUGGCGUGACGGAUGUCGAGCAGAAUGUCGUGAGCGUGGAGGACGCGGCCAAUCAGCUGAGGACUGCGGUGAUUGCGUUAGUUAAUGUCACGCAAAGUCGACAACUCGGUGUGACUGUUGGUCACGAUAGGUUUACGCUACUGCAGGGGAGUACGACUGCUGUGCGGUACGUGGGCUCGUGCCAAAGUGGCAAAGUGUUGCUUGACGCGGGGCUGCUGUGUGCAAAUUGCGCCCCUGGUACAUACUGGACAAAUUCCAGCAAAUGCCUUCCUUGUCCAGCAAGCACUUAUCAACCUGCACAGGGCAAGCUCGCCUGCAUCCCGUGUCCUGCGGGACAGAGCGGGCAAGUUACGGGACAAAUGACCUUAGAUUCGUGUAAAGGCGCCACAUCUACCACUUCCCCACCCCCGACAGAAAUCCCAACCACGAUGCCCCUAGCAACGACAAUCGCCACACGAAGCCCAAAGCCGAGCACCCCCGAUAGCCAUGGCAACGGUACCGUGCUAGAGAGAAGGUCUGAUGAUACUGGUAAUAUCACGUGGAUUAUCGCGGUCGCCGUGUCUGCCGGGAUUGUCCUUACUGUUCUACUUGUGUGUUUUGCGUAUCUCCGAAAAAGACGAGCAAAAGGACAGCCCUCUUCACCAAUCAAAUGGAAGCGGAAGAAACUGACAAGCGAGAAUGUCAGUGAAUACGACCAGAACCGAGAAGGACCUGGGCCGGUUUUUGAUAACCCAGUCUUCCUCCCUGACGAGUCUGGCACGAUUGGGCCUGGGGACGACAUGGUGCUACAAUUUUUCGACAGCCCGAUGUACGUUUCGCGCGAGGAAAGCGGUGUCGAGAGUCACAGUAACCCGCUAUACAUUGCCAGUAUGGGCCAAAGCGAGGCUUGAGGCAUGCGCAGAUGGGUUGACACAGCUGAAUCUUCGUUUUGCAGCCAGAUAAUAAGAAAAAGAUGAAUAACAAAACAUCAACAACCUAAAUAUUUUGACACACACGAGUGUUCUUCGCUUUUUAAAAGUUAUUUACUUUUUUGAUAUUAACGAAACCUUUACCUGCGGCUGCCAUUUGGCAAAUCAAAAAGGCAGUUUUUACGUAUUUUAGUUUAUUGCAAAACCAAAAGAAUCAUAGGAAACAGAAUUAAUAUAAUUGUCUCGUAUUAUCGCUGCUUCUUUACACCUUGACGAGUGCUAGCCUCAUCCCCAAGCGCUUCAAGGGUGCGCGGCCAUUUUUGGCUUAAUUCACAUUUUGAAUUCUUAAUACUAGAGCUGGCCGCGAGAAGCCUGGGGAUGAGGUGAGACGAGUGCCACGUGUUUAAUUAACAUAACACGACUUGUGUCACGUGUUUAACAUAACACGACUUUAGUCACGUGUUUAAGAUAACACGACUUUAGUCCUAUGGGUGGCGUAGAAUCCGCUGCUGUGUUGACUGAUUAAUAUGUUUAAUAUAGACGGCUUGAUUUAAAUAUCAUGUGUGUUUAGGUGUCUAUGUAUGUAUAAAAAAAAAUGUUACUUCGAAAUGUAAAUUCGAAAUUUCUAGUAUGCAUCUCUACAUAUUCAUACUGACGAAACCGUCUUCGUUUUCCUGGCGAAAACUUAAUCGCGUGUUGAACGUGCGUGUUGAGAUUGUAAAUAGCCAACAAUCUUCUAAAUAAAGAUACCACUGGCUGGGA